GGAGCAGCAGUAGGCUGGUAGUAGAUUGUUGGGGGGGGGGGUGAUGUAGCAGACUGCGUUACACGGUGGAAUAAACAGCCUCGUCUUCUUGGGACUGACUGAUUCUGCUGAGUACGUUGGCUCUGUUGGCUCUGUGACGAGGGUCCUCUGACUGCCCUCUCCGUUCCUUUCUUCCUGUGACGACGGUACAGGAUUCACUCAGUCCUCCGACUACCCUCUGCUCUCCGAUCCUCUCCUCCCUUGACGAGGGUACAGGAUUAACUCAGUCCUCUGACUGCCCUCUCCUCCUCUCCAUUCCUCUCUUUUCCUCUUCUCUGUUCCUCUCUUUCUGUGACGAGGGUACAGGAUUUAAUUAUUAUUUUAUUUUUAUUUUUGUACCUUUAUUUAACUAGUCAAGUCAGUUAAGAACAAAUUCUUAUUUUCAAUGACGGCCUAGGAACAGUGGGUUAACUGCCUCGUUCAGGAUUUACUCAGUCCUCUGACUACAGACGAGACCCUGUCCUCGUCUAUUCAUUGGACUGAUUGGAAGGUACAGUAAAUUGAUGGAACAGCAGCGGGGUGCAGGCGCUCCAGAGGGUGUGGUGUCGGGGGUGCUGACCCCUCCCGUCAGGAGGAACAGUAAACUGGCCAGUCUGGGACAGAUCUUUAAACCCUGGAAGUGGAGGAAAAAGAAGAACGACAAGAUCCAACAGAACUCCACAGUGGGAAUCGAACCCACAACCCUGGCCGUUGCGCUGUGUGUUUCAGCUUUAGAGCGGACCCGGGAUGAACUGGCCAAUAGGGGCCUGGAGGGGAUUGAACCAGAGUUUUGUGAGGCGUGUGGGGGGCUAGAAGACCCUGACACUCCCAGCCAAUCUGACGCAGAGGAGCGAGAGGAGGAGGAGCCUUUGGCGCCCCUGGCAACCACCUCAGAGUACCUGGUCAGCGAUGAAGACAACCCAUCUACAGCUGUUGAUCUGACAGAAGACACUUUGACAGUGGCGGACCAGAGUGAGGACGGAGGGGAGGAGGACACUUCCCUCUGUGAGCCCUGUGUGGACAGCUUUCUGGUACAGGCUGAGACAGGAGGGGGACAGGAGACACCUCACCCCAUGGACCCCCCAUGGGACCUCCCACACCCCAACCUGCCCAAACUACUUACCAGGCUGGGCAGCCUAGAGGGUCCUCACCCCUUCCCUAAGUCGGAUCCUAACCUAGAGAGGAAGAAGUCUCCAGCCACUCUACCCAGGAACUUCACAUUGCCCAGGACUACCCAGGGUUCCUUGCUGCGAGGACGGAUCUCCACCCCUACCGGUUCCCCUCACCUGGGACCACUGCGACCCCCACCGCCCCCCAGCUGUAUUAUAGAGGAGCUACAUCGGGCCCUGGCCACCAAACACAGACAGCACAGUUUCCAACCGAAGGAAAUGAGCUCUUCUCCAAAGCUUCGGUACGACAGUCGUCUGUCGCGUACAGCCAGCGUGGAGAAAGUCCCAACCGGAGAGAAGGAGAGAGAGAAGGAGAGAGAGAAGGAAUCAGACGAGAACAAGGAGAACAGACGUCUAGAUGAAUUCUACAACGACCCUGACCGCUGGAAUGAUUCUGUCAUCUCCGGCACCCUGCCGCGGCGGAUGCGUAAGGAGUUGUUAACGGUGAAGCUUCGUAACCGGCCCAGUCAGCAGGAGCUGGAGGACAGAAACAUCUUCCCUGUUCGCUCAGACCUGGAGAGACAGGAGACACGACAGCACAUAGAGACCAAGCUGGCCAAGCGGCUGAGCCAGAGACCCGCGGUAGAGGAGCUGGAAAGUCGGAACAUCCUCAAACAGAGGAAUGACCAGUCAGAGCAGGAGGAGAGGAGAGAGAUCAAACAGAGACUCAACAGGAAGUUGAACCAGCGUCCUACAGUAGAUGAGUUGAGGGACAGGAAGAUACUGAUUCGUUUCAGUGACUAUGUUGAGGUGGCCAAGGCUCAGGACUACGACCGCAGGGCAGACAAACCCUGGACCAGGCUGUCUGCUUCAGACAAGGCAGCAAUAAGGAAGGAGCUGAAUGAGUUCAAGAGCAACGAGAUGGAGGUUCACAAUUCCAGCAAGCACCUGACAAGGUGAGUCUGAGGUUCCAUCGACCGUAGUGUAGAGGUAGUUUCUUCUGUGAAGAAGCAGCUGUGUGGUCAGUGUUCCCAGGCCCAGUCUCCUGUUUCCAGGCCCAGUCUCCUGUUCCCGGAUGUUCGACCUACAGAUUUCUGUCUGUCUCUCUACCAACAUGGAGGAGCUGUCUGUCUCUCUGUGUGUCACAAUGGAGGCUAUGUCUCUAGAGCUGGAGCCCAGGAAAGAUCACAGGAAACAUCAGACUGAUAAAAUCUUAAAGGAACUAUUAACAUGUCAAUGUGUGCUGUUUCCUGGAUGUCAUCCAAUGAGAAAAAUACUCCUGGAUGUCAUCCAAUGAGAAAAAUACUCCUGGAUGCCAUCCAAUGAGAAAAAAGACGAAUGAAGAAGACGGCACCACUUACUAGUUCACAGGUCAUUUCUCUCAAUUCACUCCAAGCCAGCAGUCUGAACCAAUCACAAUCAGAAUAACUUUAUUGCUACGCAACAAAUGUUGCUAAGAAUUUUCUCUCGAUGUUAUUUUCAAGUUUUACGGGAUCUGGAUGAUAUAAAUCAUCCAACCAAAUGCAGGUUCCUUCUCGACAACGGAACAACAAGAAAUAAUAAAAAUAUAAAAACACAAACAUAAACACAUAUAAACAUUUUUUUUAACACUUUAGUCAUUAAACACGAAACACCUUUCAGUUACUGGCCCAAUGAUCUUAACCGCUAGGCUACCUACCGCCAGAUAAAGGUUCAAAGAGACAGACCCCAAACUGCUAAGUAUGGAAUAAACUGAUAGAAAUUAUGUCGUCUGUGAGUGCUGGUCGUCUUGUUUCGUAGUGGAGUUGGAUCGUUUGGAUUAGUCAAAAGGGAGGAACUAUGAAGAGCCUUCAUUUUAGCCCAGUGGAACCAGCCCAAAGGGAGGAACUAUGAAGAGCCUUCAUCUUAGCCCAGUGGAACCAGCCCAAAGCGAGGAACUAUGAAGAGCCUUCAUCUUAACCCAGUGGAACCAGCCCAAAGGGAGGAACUAUGAAGAGCCUUCAUCUUAGCCCAGUGGAACCAGCCCAUAGGGAGGAACUAUGAAGAGCCUUCAUCUUAGCCCAGUGGAACCAGCCCAUAGGGAGGAACUAUGAAGAGCCUUCAUCUUAGCCCAGUGGAACCAGCUCAUAGGGAGGAACUAUUGUAGAAAGGCUAGAAUGAUACGUGGAGUGAAACAGAAUGGUGAAGGCAACGGUCAGACUUGUUUCACCAGGGUACCUCCAACCUGCUCAGAGACAGGGAUCAGACUUGUUUCACCAGGGUACCUCCAACCUGCUCAGAGACAGGGAUCAGACUUGUUUCAUCAGGGUACCUCCAACCUGCUCAGAGGAAACAUAUUUUCUCCUUCAGAGGAACAUCUGAACAUUUUGUCUUAUAAACUUGUUUCUACAUGUCAGGGGAUGGAGGAGACGCCAGGUUACGUCUGUGGCACCCAGUUCCCUAUAUAGUGCUCUACUUUAGACCCAGGGUUCCCUAUAUAGUGCACUACUUUAGACCAGGGUUCUCUAUAUAGUGCACUACUUUUGACCAGGGCCCUUAUGGACACAGACCUUGAGGAGGUCAUUUCUAUGUCAGAGGACAGAAGAUACCAGGUCGUGUCUGCCAUAAUUUUUUCAUAACAGACUCUUUGAAAGCAUUUACGAACAAUGGCCUUGGAGACACUAGCAGAGGAGAGAUGUGGAAAGAUGAGGAGAAAAGAGGAGAGAAGAGGAGAGAUGAGGAGAGAUGACGGGAGAUGAGGGGAGAUGUGGAGAGAUGUGGAAAGAUGAGGAGAAAAGAGGAGAGAAGAGGAGA